AUGGCUUCAAAGUUCUCGUUUCUGAGCUCUAUCAUAGAGAGAAAGAAGCCUAAAGAGAACACAGAUGAAUUAGCUGUUGUGAAAGCAGCUGCAUGGGCAUGGUACCAACACGGUUCAGGCUCUGAAGGAAAGGCUACGAGUGAGUUUGAUGUUACAAGAACACACCGUGCAAAUAGGCCUUCUCGUUACAAGUUAGAAGCAAUGAGAAUGGCCAAGGAAGGGUCCCAAAUUCACACCAAGAAACCUCUUCUUGACCCUUAUGAAGUACAAAGCAUUUCAAGGCAACUUGAUAGCCUCAUAGAGUCUAACCACAACAAACUUGAAAAUGGCACCGACAACUGUGGAAAUGCAAGCUUGGAUAUUGGUGGUAGGAGGACGAAGAAGAAGAUCAGAAAAUGGUUUUGGCUAAGGCAUGGUGCUGUGUGCGGCAGAGGGGAUGAUGUGAUUGAUCCCAGAGCUCUUAGGGAUGGUGGAAGGCGCCAACCGACAAAGCGUGUACCUGCAGUUAAGUGUUUGCCACUGGCCAAUACCAAUGGUGCCUUGUGAUCUUCUUCCAUUACUGGGUUUUGGUUUGGCAUGUUUCAAUUGCUUAUACUUGUUGUCAUUAUUGAUGAUAAACACAAACAAGAAUU